UGUCGUGUGGAGGAUGCAAACCAUUUUCUCAAGGACCACUCUGUAAAGAGUCAAUGACGGAAAUGUGUGUGUCCUCUUUCUCUUGGACCAGGCAGUUAAAUAAAUGUUUCGCUCAUACUUUUUGACAAGCAAACACACUCUUACUCUCUCUUUCUCACUCUCCAUCUUUCCACCUUGCCCUCCCUCCUUUCUAGAGUAAAUCAUAACCAUGGAGACACUGAACGAAAUCGAUCACCUCCAAUCAUCUGUCUUUGGUAGACCCCAGCCCAGACAUGGACUUCAACUCCUUCACUGGUUCUCCCACGACUAUGUCACAUUCAACAACGACAGUGAAAUGGUGACAGUGCGCAACCCUAAGAAGAAGGCGUUUGGCUUCCACCGCUUCUUCGACAACAUAGAGGAGCAUGAUGGCCAAUGUAACCAACUGCUACCAGACCAGGGUUUACCGUACUACGAAGUGGGCAAUCUGAAUAAACCAGGGUCUGAGAACUUGCCGGAUUAUGUCAGCGAAAACCACACAGUACACAAUGACGACAGCAACAUAGACCGGAUCAUUAUCAGCCUGCAGUCAGACCGUGUGUUGGACAGGAUCUACGUGACCCAACAUGAUCAUCAGAGAGGUGCUUUUGACCCUGAGCGCACCUAUCGCAUCAGUAAGGGGUUGAUCAGCAUCAUCCGUAAUCUGGAGCUGGAUGAACUCCUGGAGCAGGCUGGAUAUUCUCUUCCUUGCCCUUCCUCCAUUGACACGCUGAACGAAAUGAGAUACCUCCAGUCAUCUGGCUUUGGUAGACCCCGGCCUAGACAUGGCCUUCAUCUCCUUCACUGGUUCGCCCACGACUACGUCAAAUUCAACAAAAAUUGUGAAAUGGUGACAGUGCGAAACCCCAAGAAGAAGGCGUUCGGCUUCCACCGCUUCUUCGACAACAUAGAGGAGCAUGAUGGCCAAUGUAACCAACUGCUACCAGACCAGGAUUUACCGUACUACGAAGUGGGCAAUCUGAAUAAACCAGGGUCUGAGAACCUGCCGGAUUAUGUCAGCGAAAACCACACAGUACACAAUGACGACAGCAACAUAGACCGGAUCAUCAUCAGCCUCCAGUCAGACCUGGUGUUGGACAGGAUCUACGUGACCCAACAUGAUCAUCACAGAGGUGCUUUUGACCCCCAGCGCACCUAUCGCAUCAGUAAGGGGUUGAUCAGUAUCAUCCGUAAUUUGGAGCUGGAUGAACUCCUGGAGCAGACUGGAUACUCUUAAGACUUUCCCCCCUGGCCAAGGGCAUCGUACACAUAAUUCCUUUUGAACCUAAUUUCUGAUGGUCAAAUUCAAGAUCUUUAAUUGUAUUAUUUAUUUUCUUACAAAUGUAUACUAGGCAUGGGUAUUA